AUGUGGUACGGGCAAAUCGUGAUCGGCCCACCGGGCAGCGGGAAGAGCAGCUACUGCAGCGGGAUGCAGCAGCUGCUUGCUGCGCUGCAGCGGCAGCAAAUAGUUCUCAAUUUGGACCCCAUGAAUGAUUUGCUGCCAUAUAAAUGUGCCAUAAAUGUUAAAGACUUAAUUGACGGCGAAGAAGUCAUGCGCAGCCACCAGCUGGGCCCAAACGGCGCUAUGAUAUACUGCAUGGAAUAUUUGCUGGAGAAUAUUGACUGGCUAGUUGAAAAGCUAAAUGCCUUUAAAAAUCAUUAUGUGCUGAUUGACUGCCCCGGCCAAGUCGAACUCUUCACUCACCACGACGCCCUGCGCAGCAUUAUCAGACACCUCGAAUCCCUUGACUUCAGAAUGGCGGCCGUGCAAAUUGUGGACAGCACCUUGUGCACAGACGCAUUCAAACACAUCAGUGCCUUGCUGAUGGCCUUGAACGCGCAGCUGCAGCUGGAGCUGCCGCACGUAAACGUUUUGUCCAAAGUGGAUUUGCUGCGGCUGCACAGAAAGGACCUAAAAUUUCGUCUAGAGUUUUAUGCGGAUGCCUACGAGCUGCAGCCGCUGCUGCAAGCCGUGCAAGAAGACCCACACCCUUUAGGCCGCAAACUUAUGGAUUUCUCGCGUGCCGUGUGCGAGUUGGUCGAGGAUUUCAAUUUGGUUUCUUUUUUUCCGGUUUGCGUCACUGACAAGGAGUGCAUGCUGUUGGUGCUGCGGGUGGCAGACGCAGCCAACGGCUUUGCCCUGGGAAACUAUGCAGAAAAUGAAAGGGGGUACCCUUUGCAGCUAGACACUGAAGAAGAACGGCAGAUGCUGAUCGAGAGACUUCAGGAGCGCUAUGUGGAUUUUGAUCCUGCAGAAGAGGAAGGUGAUGCAGAGGAGUCCAGUGAAGUAGAUUGA